AGUGUCUGUAUGCAGUGGCGGAUUAUUGUUUUGAACAUAGUCAAAGUUAGGCAGAAAUAUCGGCGCCUAGUUUGAGAGUGGAGAAGCCAGUCAAACGUGUUUUUUUUUCUUUUUACGCACACGCGUCCUGCGAAGAUAGGAACGGUCAGAGCUGAUUAAAAAAAAGAAAAUAAAUAGUCGUUUGUGUAAAGUAUAUGUUUAUAUUUUUCUUGGUUGCUUCCUGCAUAGAUAAUAAAAUGUUUAGCUUUGCAUUUGAAGUCUGGUUUUAUCUUAUUGUUUCGUGUUUUUGGAGACAGGAAGGUAAGGGAAGCCGUGCGUAAAAAGUUCGUUAAGACGCCGGAUCCAGCGGGCCGAUCUUUAGAGCGCAUUUUUAUUUUUUGUAUUUUUUUCCCCCUCGCUUUUCCGGGUUAAAGUUAAAGCUAGCCCGCGCUGCUCUGUAAAUCGGAGCCGAAGAAGAACCGGUUGGAUUAAAAUCGUUGGAAUCGAAAGCGGGAGAGAGAGCCAUGGAGGACGGCUCCGUGUCGGAGUCUGAGGCAGAAAACAAAGGGGCAGACGGUCGGAAUGAGCCGAUCGGCGCGUCUCCUGCCGGAUUUUCACCCACUUCAGAGGUGCACAUUAUUUCCCCUCCUCUCGCUCCUUCUGCCUCCUUUCAUUCCUGCCUUUCUUUCACUUUUGCGCUUUGGCCCUGGAACUAUUUCCAAACGCGCCCCCUCCUCCUCCUCCCCCUCUCUCUGAUUCGUCAGGCGAGUGAAUGUCCCUCUUUUUGUCUCCACUCCCCUCUCCCUCUUUCUCUCUCCCUCCCCAUCCCUGAUUAGAUAUACUGAUUCCUCCUUUCAAUGGACGUCAUUUAAGCGUAGACUCCUGCCUUGAGUUGCGUCCUCUGCUUCACGCCAGAUUUCCGACCAUUCUUUCCUUAUUAUUUAGGAUUCCUGUAAUAUUAAUGGUCGCGAAUGUGUUCCAUUAGGAGUCCAAGCUGGAGAAGCGGCUCUUUUGGCUAAUAUGAGCUCAAGCGAGGGGACGGUAGCACUGUGAUAGAAGCCGGGGGAGCUCAGAGAAAAGAGGGGCUGCCAAGAGAAACUUUUUCAGCCCGAAUCCACCAGCAGCGCCGCGUCUUUUUUAUUUUUGUAUUUUUAUUUUUUUUCUUCUCACACCCCUCCUGAUUUUGUAGACGCAAAUGAGGGGCGCCUCGGAUCUUACCUUUUACUUCUGAUGGAUUAUCGUCCUGCUGUUGAGGCACAUAUCUGAUCUCCGGGGCCAUCGCGAUCGCGCAGGAGAGAGAAGAGUCUUCUCGGGGGGCUUUUUUCUCCUCCUUUCUUUGCUGGCUGAUUUCCCCGUGUUUUUGAACUGAUUGUUGUUGGGGUUUUUUUCUCUGUUGAGUCGUACCAAAAAAUCCUUACAGAUGUUAGUACACAGUUUUUCCGCGAUGGACCGUCACGACGGCACCAGCAACGGCACAGCCAGGCUACCUCAGCUGGGCAGCGUGGGCCAGAGUCCGUACACGAGCGCGCCUCCGCUCUCCCACACGCCGAACUCAGACUUCCAGCCCCCGUACUUCCCACCGCCCUACCAGCCCAUCUACCCGCAGUCUCAGGACCCGUACUCGCACGUCAACGACCCUUACUCCCUGAACUCCCUGCACGCCCAGCCGCAGUCGCAGCACCCGGGCUGGCCGGGGCAGAGGCAGAGCCAGGAGAGCGGCCUGCUGCACCAGCACCGCAGCCUGCCACACCAGUUGUGCCGGGAGUACCGCAGGGAAGUGCUCCUACCGUCCGGCCACGGCAUCGAAACAGGACUGUCGGACUCUAUCCAAAUCCAUGGAAUACCUCACCCUUUAGAUGACGUUCAGCCUGAGGAUCAAGGAAUUCACAUUCCAGACCAGACUGUAAUUAAAAAAGGUCCAGUGUCUUUAUCCAAGAACAACAGCGUCUCCGCCAUCCCCGUAAAUAAGGAUGGUCUUUUCGGAGGAGUGGUUAACCCAAACGAGGUGUUCUGCUCGGUUCCGGGUCGCCUGUCUCUCCUCAGCUCCACAUCAAAAUACAAGGUCACGGUGGCUGAGGUGCAGAGACGCCUCUCGCCGCCGGAGUGCCUCAACGCCUCACUGCUGGGCGGGGUGCUGAGGAGGGCCAAAUCCAAGAAUGGAGGAAGAUCCUUAAGAGAGAAGCUGGAUAAAAUCGGCUUGAAUCUACCUGCAGGCAGACGCAAGGCGGCCAACGUCACCUUACUGACGUCACUAGUGGAGGGAGAAGCGGUGCACCUUGCCAGGGAUUUCGGUUAUGUAUGCGAGACCGAGUUUCCAGCCAAGGCGGUAGCCGAAUAUGUAAACCGUCAGCAUUCCGACCCAAACGAGCAAGUCCAAAGAAAAAACAUGCUAUUGGCCACAAAACAAGUGUGCAAAGAGUUCACAGACCUGCUGUCCCAGGACCGCUCGCCGCUGGGAAACUCACGGCCACAGCCCAUUCUUGAACCGGGAAUCCAAAGCUGCUUGACCCACUUCAGUCUAAUCUCGCACGGUUUUGGGACCCCUGCACUGUGCGCGGCCGUCACGGCCCUGCAGAACUAUCUGACCGAGGCUAUCAAAGCCAUGGACAAAAUGUACCUCAACAACAACCCCAAUAGUCACUCAGAUAACGGCACUAAAGGUGGAGACAAAGACGAGAAGCACAGAAAGUGAUGUUUUGCAUCCCACCGUCAACGAGGCUCAAGCCCCCUUUUCUGCAGCCGCCUCGCCCCUCCAACCUCCCCAAUCUUCCAAUAUAAAUAUUAUAAAUACCCUAUAAAUAUUAAUGAUAAAGUCAAACGUGCCACUUCCUGAUCUUACACCGGUUUUACGUGAUUUGUUUGUACAUCCUUCGGAGCCAAGAGGAAAGGACGCAAAAAUCCUCUUCUUCCACCUGAACCAUACAAGACAUUGUUUUAAAAAAUACAAAAAAAGAAGAAAAAAAUACAGCUGCGGAGGAGCAGCUCUAGGUAAAGGUGUACUGCCUCACCCAGAGGACUUUUUAUGAACUCCCUCCCCUUAUUUUUUAUGAGCUGCAACGAAUGGACUGAAAUCCAGCGACCCUUCUAUAUCUCAAUUUUACGAUUGUGGCAAAAAAAAGAAGCUAAAAGUGGAUGAAUUCUUAUCAGUAUUGUGAGUAAACUUGAGAAAUUAAAAAAAGAAGAAAAAAAAAAGGAAAUUUCCAGAUAUCCAUGCCAUGACUUCAGUUGUAGACUCUCUCCAAGCGACCAACUUGAACUUUUUUUGAAUUUCAACACGAUUCGCGGUUAUAUAAGGGAAUCAGUGUUCAUGUAUGUAUAUAUUUAUUUAUGUGUAAUUUAAUGGGAAUUGUAAAUAUGGUGCGUCUGUUGAAACUUUUUUUUUAUUUAUCUGGUGCCUCCUGUUUUAGUGGGUUUGAAUAUUCGGUUAGUUCUUCACGUGGUUUUAUGGUUCUAGAAAAGUUUUUGGGGUCUUUUAUUUCUCUGGGAUAUUUCCAAUUAAGCCCUCUUGUAGCAUGUUGACGCAACACUGAAGCAAGUGAACAAAAAUUGAAUAGAAAUAAACUCCAGUUUCUCUCUCUCUAUAUAUAUCACCCUAUUCUGUUAUUUUUUUGUUAUGAUUUGAUAUGAGACAGAGCAUAAGUGACACCCUGAGAAGAUUUUGUUUUGUGUCUAUUUUUUAUACAAGCUUAUAUGUGUUGUGCCAAUCAGAAAACCUCUCGUCCUCUCCUUGAAGCACCAUAAAAGCAAUAAAUGGAAUCUUUUUUUUUCUCUCAAUGUUCGAAGACAUUCAGAAACAUUUUUUGGGACCACCUGAUAUCUUGUUAUGUCCGAUUAUGUCCAAAAAUUGGAGGCGGUUUUAGCUGUAUUGUAUAGACAUGUGCUGGCAAUAGUUCCUAUGCCUGUCAAUGUAUUAUAGUCCUUUGUUGCCCAGAAAAAAAUAAAUAUUUGAUACGCUUCA